CUUUUAUUUUGAUAGGGUUGCAAUGAGUAGGAUAUUCCUUCGGAACAGGAAUUCUUUCGGUGGUUUCAGCGCUUCCUGGUUCCUCCGUGGGGUGGUUAUUGUGUAAACGCUCUGAAAACUUCGCAAAAUCAAUAAGGCAGUAGCUGAGGACAUUAUUGCCACGCCUGAUUGGGCGGAGCCAUGGCCACCGGGGGCGGAGAUGACCCCUGGAAGCCUGACCAGAAUGAGAACAAUGGAGACUCGUUGCCCCCGGAUACCGAAGAGCACGUGGUGCAGGAAACCGAGGAAGUGUUCUGCAGCUACGUCUUUUACCGCUACAACCAGGCAAUGCAGGAGGGAGAGGACGAGCUUCCCUCUGACCCUGAGAUCAUGGCUCUUCAGCCCGACAAGAACAGUCAGAUGUGUCGCGUUGGCCAGCAGUUGGCGAUUAUUGGAGAUGACAUCAACAGGCGCUAUGACCUCAGCUUCAUGCAGAUGCUGUCCCAGCUACCGCUGACCCCAGAAAAUGCUUACAACUAUUUCUGCGACAUCGCGAAGAGCCUGUUUGACACGGGCAUUAACUGGGGGCGAGUGAUCUCCCUGCUGAGUUUCGGGUACCGCAUGGCGCUGCACGUGUUCAAGAACGGCAUGACCGGCUUCCUGUCCCGCAUUGCACGGUUUAUUGGAGACUUCCUGCUGAGGAACAGCAUUGCACAGUGGAUCGCACAGCAAGGGGGCUGGGUUGCAGCUCUGGAGCUGGAUAAUGUCUAUGUGAAGUACAUGCUGGUACUGCUUGCAGCGCUGCUCCUGGGCCAGUUUGUCGUCAGGCGGUUCUUUAGCUCUUGAUGGAGUUCAGAGCAGUCAUGUCCUUCACCUGUGACCCCUAAUCAAGCUCAGGGAUAGCUGCCCAGUGACUGAAACUUGAGACAAGAGAUGUGGGGUUGGAGGGGGACUGGAGGGGGGUUUGGA